AAACGUUACUAGACCGUAAUUCAAUCAAAUUACUUAUUGUUUACAUGGUUAGUAUCUACAAAUUUUACCUAGGUUUGUACAAGAUUUUCUCUCUAUAUUACAACGAAUGUAAAUACGCUUAAGCAUAUGAAAAACUUGAUGUUUGAUCAAUUAAAACGAGCGACCACUAAUUAUUGUCUAUCUAUGCAAAGCUCAGCUAUCCGGUUUAAACUGGAUUGAAUUCAGAAUAUUAAAACAAUCAUCGACAUGUACACUCAAUUUAAUUGAUGAUCGCAGAAACGAGAUCGAGAAUAGCUAUUUGUGAAUCAGUUUGCGAUUGAACUGGUCGCGUGUAAGUUUCAACGUAGUUGCUCAGAGAUUAGGAAUACAUUUCAUGUUUUGGAGACAUUCCGAGGACUCACUUCGUGCCACACCUGGCUAGGAAUAACUUAGCGCACAGUGAUGGAGGUCGUUGAAAGCAAUGGAACGGGUGUUACCAAAUCCAAAGCGGUUCCAAUGGACGAUGCUCUGGCGAUGGCAAAGUUCGGAGUGUGCAAUGUAGUCCUAGUUUUGAUUUCGGGAACCAUCCUGGCUUCGUUUUUGCUGGAAAUCCUCGGUGUUAGCUACAUCAUUCCGGUCAUAGACCAAGACUUAGAUGUUACCACCAAGGAGAAGGGAGUGCUAAGUGCGGUGGGGUUCGCCGGGACAAUUGUUAGCUCGCAUCUUUGGGGAUUUCUAGCGGACACGCACGGUCGGCGGAAGAUCAUCGUUCCAGCGCUGUUCAUCACAUUCGUCAUCAGCAUGAUAUCGAGCUUUACAGCCAAUUUCUGGGUCAUCGUAUUUCUCCGUUUCAUGGUCGGAGUGUUCGUUUCAGGACCAUCUUCUGCUACUUAUGCCUACUUGGGCGAAUUCCACAACCGCAAAAAUGCAUCCCGGGCAAUCAUGGGAGCUUCUGUAGUAUUUGGAACAGGCGGAAUCUUACUACCGGGUCUUGCCUAUAUCGUGAUAAAUCAGGGUUGGGAGCUUGCCAUCCCUUUUCUAGGUAUUAUCUAUAGGCCGUGGCGGCUCUAUCUUAUUGUGUGCAGUCUACCGGGGCUGAUUUGUGCCUUGAUACUGCUCAGAUUCCCGGAAAGUCCCAAGUUCUCGUUUUGUCAAGGUGACACACAAAAAGCGAUCGAUGCCAUUCAAUGGGUUCAUCGUUCAAAUGCAUGCUGCCGAAAAAUACCUCCACUCCAAAUUGAAUCCAUCCAGGAAAGCGAGGAGGAUAAAUUGGAACGUGAGAAAAGGUCAUUGUUGAGAAAUACUAAGGGCUGUCCAGCCCUCAUGAAGUUGGUGUGGAGUCAGACAGCACCGCUGUUUAUGAAACCUCAUCUACAGAAAACGGUGAUCGUUUGUAUACUCCAGUUUGGAACAUACCUGGCUGCACAUGGGAUGUUCAUGUUUUUCCCGGAAAUCGUCAACCAGUUGGUGAUCGUGAAGGAAACCGGAAUUGGCACAGCAACGAUGUGUCAGAUACUGGAACAGUACGGGAACUUUAGUACCACUAAGGAGGCAGGCGAAGGCAGCCAGAUGAUGGAACCGGCUGCAUUUCAACUAUCAUUCAUUCUGGAGUUCAUCUAUGCCAUAGGUUUUGCGGUGAUCGGGGUGAUCAUCAACGCCGUUGGGAGAUUGCCGCUAUUGGUGUUUAUUUUCAUGACUUGUGGUAUUGCGGGUUUGCUGCUGUUCGUCGUUAACUUACCAGUAGCUGUCAUCUGGUUGUACAUCGUCUUCUUGUGCAGCGGCUACACGGCGGUAAUGGUAAAUACGAUCAUUGUGGAUCUUUAUCCAACAAAUUUGAGAGCAAUGGCCGUAUGCAUAGCACUGAUGAUUGGUCGCAUGGGAAGCGUCGUUGGAUCUAAUAUGUUGGGGAUCUUAUUGGAAAAACACUGCGAGUUAACGUUUGGUAUAGCAUCUGUACUCUUGAUCAUCUGCGGAGUUUUGUCGUUCUUCAUUCCGAACAUCAGACAACGGGUGCAGUCUAAGGCAACGGCGUGAAAGCGAUGAUUCACAACCAGAGUCGUAUUUUUGUAAUGCGAAAAUAGCCUUACAAAUUGUUUGAAAUUGAAAGGCAUUCUCAGUAGCACAAUUUAAUCCGAUCGGUUAUAGCAACGAGGAAGUGACUUGAUUUAGUCAAAAAUAAGUCACAUAAACACGUCUGUGACAAGUUAUUGCAUGGGUUGCAACAUGACUAUUAUAAAUCUCUGAUAUAAAGAACUUGUUACAAAAUAAAAAAAAGGAAUAGUUAUUUUGCGAAAAUGAUCAUGAUUAAUUAAUAUUGAGCGUCUUAGGGAAAAUGCUACAAAGUUAAAAGACUUCACUAUUCCAUUUACUUCCAUUUUAUUCACUUUGUAUCAACAAAAACGUAUUUCGUUUUCUACUUAAAAACUUCAACACUGAAGAUGUUUUCUACUUCAGUCGACAACACUGUACCUGUUGAUUUUUUUUAAAUCUUGUGUUUAUUUGGAAGGAUCAUUCGCCAUUUGGCAUUGCAUUUUUUUUGUACAAAUCAUUUUACAAUUUCUGCGAAUCUUCUUAUAACUAGAGUUAGUUUGCGUACCAACGUACACGCGGCUGACUCGAGGUUAGGGAUUACAAAUACAUAAUAGGAAACGGAAGAUAAACUAAACGUAGAGGGUGGUAUCAAAGAUACGACAGCAGACUGAACGUAGAUAAAUUAGAUAAUUCUUUAGGAAAUUCAUUCAAAAAAUCUUCCAGGCAUUCUAGCAGGAAUUCUUAAGGAAUUAAUUUUAAAACUCAUCCGGAAACUCCUUCAGAUAUUAUUCCAGAAAUUACUUCGAAAAUUCAUUUACACCAUGGCUGCCCAACGUACGGCCCGCGAGACGGAUGCGGCCCUUGGCUCCA